CGAGACGCGCUUGCCCCGUUCAGAGGCCCGGUUCGGCUCGGCUCGGCUCGGCUCGGCCUGGAGUGGCCCAUCACCAUUCCCGGACCGGAUCCGACGAGACCCCGACCGGAACCGAAGCCGGAACCCGACCGGUGUCCGAACCGAAGUUCCCCCGAGGAGCUAAAGCCGACGCGUUCUUGUGCCUGGGCUGGCGUGCGCGUGUGAGUGUAUGUGAGUGUGUGGCCGCGACUGUGAGCGUGCGUGAAUGUGGCCUGUGUGAGUGUGGGUGCAGACAUCAACAAACUCAACUACCGACACUUUUCCCAGGCGGUACCGGCGAUGGACGCACCGCUACCAUGGAUGGUGUAACCUGAGCAAGUGAGCAACGUGCUGAUGCUGCGUGACGAGGGGCCGGCCAACAUGUGAAACUCGACCUCGCACCCGGAACGCAGCCCCAGCGCCACCAUGCUGCCCACCAACGUCAUGUCCUUCAUGAAGAAGAUGGUGGCGACGGGGGAGGCGGGGCCGGCCGGCGCGGACGGGUCCGACUCGGGCACCCUCAGCAAGCUGAGGCAGACCCUCUCCACCGGGCUGAUGACGGCGCAGGACAGAGUGAACAAGUUCGCCCCAAACUCCAACCGGACCGUCCCGUCACCACCGGAAGAGCCCCAGCCGGAAGAGAAACCGCCGGAGCCGUCGCUACCGAAACCUACACCGAAGGAGCCCGGGAAGCCACCGUGCCGCACGGGGGCGUGCCGCGUCUGCCUCAAGAGCCUGAAACCCGAGGACGUGAUCCGUGUGUGCGGAGAGUGCCACUUCAAGGUGUGCGAGGACUGCGCCUCCUACACCAAGCAAGAGGACCUCGCCGACGACGCAUGGCGCUGCUCCAUCUGCCGUCGCAAGCUGCAGUCGCGCGCCCAGGUGCAGGCGCAGGACUCCAUGGAGACGUCGCUCGAGCUGCCCGUCGUGGAGUCGCUGCAGCGGCGCCAUAGCGACGUCAAGCUCGGGGGCAGCUCGGGCCUCACCCCAGGGGGCGGGCCCGGGGGCGGCGCGGGGGCCGGCGCCGGCGGGCUGGGGGCGGGGCUAGCCCCGCCACGGUCACCCGAGCUCCGGCGCCACUCGGACGUCUCGCCGGCCUCGCUAAAGGAGCUGGAGAAGGUCAAGAUUCAUGUGGCGGGCUCGCGCCGGGGCAGCGAGUGGGAGCCGGACGCCCGGCAAAACAAGAGGGGCGUGUCGCCGGGCGGCGGGUCGCGGGCGGCGUCCCCACAGACAACGGGCGGCGGCGGCGGCCAGGAUGACGGCGACCCCGGCGAGGAGUGGCGGCGGAGGGCGGCGCACGGCGCGGCCGGCCGGCGGCGCUCCCGCGUCCAGAAGCAGCACUCUUACGACGACGAGAUCAAGGCGGGCGGCGCGCCCGGCGGCCCCGGCGGCGCCGGCGAGGUCGGCCUCGGACUCCCCGUCCAGCUGCCCCGCCGGGCCUCGGCCUACGACGUGUACCAGACGGGCGGCGCCCUCUCCCCGCAGGCCAUGGCGGCGGCGCUGCAGGCGGCGGCCAGGGGCGGCCCCGGCGGCGCGGCCGGCCCGCCGGAGCCCUCGGGGCGCCGCGCAUCGUUCAGGAAGCCCGACGACCCCUCGGCGGCGGGGCUGGACGGCCCCGACACCAUCCAGGUGCACCCUGAGGAGGAGCGGCGGACGCGGCGCCGCGGCUCGCAGCUGCCUGACAUUAACAAGAUACGAGCGGCGGCUAAGGCGGGGGCGGGCGGGCCCGAGGGGGUGGUCCCGCUCGCGGGCGUCAUCGUGCCCCCGGUCGCGCACCCGCACCGCGCCGUCCCGGGCAUGGUGGCCGUGCCGCCCGUGGCCGUCGAGGACGCCCAGGACGCCGAGAGGAUGCGGCGCCAGACAUCCGUCACCGACGGGGAGGCCAUCAAGAUCGUCAUUCACGACGUGGACUCGGAGCCCAACUUUGGUGCUCGCGGCGGCGCUAGCAAGCGGAGAGUGGUGCUUCGGCGAGACCCUUCGGACAAGGCGCACCGGACGAGGGGCUUCGGCAUGCGAGUUGUGGGUGGCAAGUCGGGGCCGGAUGGCCGUCUGUUUGCCUACAUCGUGUGGACAGUUCCUGGAGGACCGGCAGAGAAAGGGGGCCUGCAGCAGGGGGACAAGGUGCUGGAGUGGGGAGGAGUGCCGCUGACGGACCGCAGCUUUGAGGAGGUGUGCUCUGUCAUGGACCGCACUGGGGACGUCGCCGAACUCCUCGUAGAACACUGCUCGGACCUGCGAAUGUGUGAUUUUCUCGACGACCCAGCCGGCUACUCCUCAGGUCCUCGCAAGAGUGGACAGGGAGAGCAACUGGGAUUGAGCCUUGGUGAGUUGCGUCUGGUGUCUGACGCUGAGACCGAGAAAGCUCCCGCUUCCCCGACCAGAAGAAAAUUACCGAAGACACCGGAACAGAUGCUGCGGGAGAAGCAGGUGUCGGGCCGGAUCCAAAUGCAGGUGUGGCUUCACGACGACGAUUUGGUCGUCUCUGUCCUUGCUGCGGACGAUUUAGCGUGCCGCUCGGACGACACUGGGCACGGGACCAUUCCAGAGGCGUAUGCUAAGUUACGACUUCUACCUGUUAUGGGUGACGAAAAAGGUCUUAAGACAGAUAUCGCGGAGCCUACUCACAACCCGGUUUGGAACGCUACGCUGGAGUUCAGCAACAUCAAGCCUGAGACUUUGAUGGAUCGCACAAUGGAAGUCACCCUUUGGGAUGCUUGUCCUGGCCCAGAAAGAGAUACAUUCUUUCUCGGCGAAUGCUCGGUAGAUCUUCAAAAGGCUUUUCUGGAUGAUCGGCCUGUGUGGUACCGACUAGAGGACCCCAAGUGCACACGUGCCGGAGGGAAGUCCCCGCUUGCGUCGCCGCGUGGCUCGCUUGCUUCUGAUAUGACGCAAAGAUUAAUGCGUAAUUCUGGGAUCAACCAAAGGUCUUUCUCGGAGGAACGGGACUCCGAAAGUGAAUCGGGUCUUUUAGGUUCACCCGAGUUUUCGCUGCUUCACCCAGACCACGCCUGGUCAUGCAUGGGGUCUGGAGCCUCUUCUCGGCGCGGGUCGUCGCAGUCAGAACAGCUGGAGGUCGAGACUUAUCAACUUGACCGUGACUUCUCACGCUCCCAGCCAGGAAGUCGACGAUCGUCUUUCCAGUCUGCGCAAAAUGCAGAAAGCAAAGGGAGUUUGGACAACGAUUUACCUCCAAUCAAUUUCAACAAGGAACGUCGACGGUCCUCAGCCACUCGUGGUAAUCGCGAUCCAGAGGAAUUACUUCGACAGUUGAAAGCUGCUAAGGGCGACCUUGGCCGCACCAUGAGUUUCUCCGGAGAGGCGGGGAAGCGCGGCCCUAGGCGGGGACAAAAGGGGAGGAAGCAUUCCAUGAUGGAGGUGGGUUCGCUGCCAAGAGACGAGCUGGCGAGGCGGCUUUCGGAGCGUCUGGCCGCCCUAGGGCCAGACUCUGAUGAUGACGAGCACUGGGAAGAAAAGCCACUGGGGCCUGGACAGGUGAAACCACGGGCCUCCCACACUCUCGGAGGCGUACGUGGCCAGGUGGAAAUGGUGCUUUUAAUGACCAAAGGACAGCUAGAAGUCGAUAUCAAGAGCGCGACUUUCACGGGAUACCCAGCAGACAACCCACCAGAUACGUACGUGAAGACCUACCUCCGGGAUGGUGAGCGCCGGUUGCAGAAGCGCAAGACUCGCGUGGUGCGCCGUUCUUGCAACCCGCAGUACCAGCAGACGCUGCGCUACUCGGCUUGCGACGUCCUGGGCCGCUCUUUGAUCGUCAUGCUCUGGGAAAAGCAAGGCAGCUUCGAACACAAUCAGGGCCUGGGUGGGGCGGAGGUGGCUCUCGACCGUCUGACGCUCACCAAUCCCACACACGGCGCCUACCCUCUGUUCCCCAUCGCCAGUCUGGGAUCCGGUAUGGCCGGGUCGGACGGCAACGAGUCACCAUGACGAAGGCCUUCCCAAGGGGACGCUCUCCAGGCCCACGAGGACGUCCCCGCGGGUCUAACGGUGCCCAGCUCGCCCGAGUACUCACCCACCAGCAGCCGCAGAGGUUCCAUCCUGCUGGGCGAACAGCCCUGGGACGCCGAGAAAGUAAUUGCGCUGUGAACAGAAUGGAAAACAGUUUUCGGUGGCUAUUAGCGCGGAAUCUUCGCUUGCUGUAGGGCCUACAUCAACAUUUGUAUCAAGAUGGCCACCAGUUUUCUCUUCAAGUCCUGUGAACCCCCUCCUCAUUCCCCCUUUUUCUCUCAAACUUGAUAUUUGGGGCGCAUAUACGUAAGCAGGGUUUUCAAGCUUACCAAGGACUUUUCAGUAAUUGCGAAAACUCAAUCAAAAACUGAAAAUCAAAUCACGCUUACAAAAAGUGAUAGCAUAACAAUCAAAAGAUAUAAUUAAUUAUUUUGCGUAAACAAAAUUGUAUCAUAUAAUAUUAGCCCCUCCUGGACGACCCUGUAGUUUGCAGCAGUUUCGUUGUUUCGCGUUACUGUGGUUCUGCCCCGAUGGAAAAUCAGCGAUGCCACUUUUAUGUGUAUGGUUUAAGUGGUUUAUUUAUCUCUUCCAAAACUAAGAAUACUUCCAAUCUUUCCCUUCACUCACUACAUAAAUAGUGAGUCUAUUCUUACGCUUCCUAUUUAUUUUACGUUCUAAUAGCUGUCUUUUUUACAUUUUUACCAAUUUCAAGUUAAGGUUACCCCGCGUCCCAUUCCCAAUUUCUAUUCUUACUCUCUUACCCCUUCUCCCUCGCGUGAACCCCACGAAACGAAUUCUCCAAUGGAGGGUGUUUCCCCUCCUUGUCUCCUAAUCUGGGUUUUACAGAUUAAUAACAGAGUGUUUGUAACAAACACUAAAAGUGUAGAAAAACGAUAAGUAAAUGCUAUUAUGUAUUCAUACAUGUUGACGCGGUACAAAUUACGUCAAAGCCAAACUGUAUAAUAGUAGUGCCUUCCCCAUUUAAUAUGUGUUAAAAUUGUUAUGGAAUGACUCUAGUAAACCAUUUGUAUGAGAAUCUGGUAGAAACAGGUAAAUGUAGCAUAACACUUCGAUUAGCUGCCCUUCUUGAGAUUUGUCGUUGGCACGUGCAAAAAUUUGUACUCAGUUGAAAAAUUUAAAGAAAUUUUCUUCAUUCCUUUCUAUCUUCAUAUAAAAAAAUCCACUAGGUGAAUUUAUUUUAUUUAAUAUUGUAUCUUAAAAAGAAAAAUCAAAACCAAUUACGAAUAUUAGUAGCCUUAGCCAAUUCCUCGAAAUAAAAAGCAGUUGAGAUAUCAUUAGUGAUACACUUAUUAAAAUUCGAUACUGGUACUUUUGAAAAUUGUAGUCGAUGGUAACUCGGGUAUCAUUUUUGACAGUGUACGUUGAUAAUCCAUGUUUAUAUUUUGGACAACAUCCCCACGUUUCUACAGUGAAUCUACUUAAACUUAGUGCCGUUGCGAGUGCACGGUCGUUUCCUUCUUAUUCGAUGAAGAUGAUACACACAACGUUCGCGCAAUCUCUGCUGGGAAUGAAUCUUAGUAUGCUUAUAUCCUUUCUGUGAUAACGACCACACUUGUUACUGCUGCGGGAGUUCAAUUUAUAUUUUGGAUGAUAUAUCAAUGUUGUUAUUGAGAGUAGCUAGUAAUGAACAAUCAUAUCUUCUUGAAAAAGUCUCCACUUAUGACAAUCUUUAUCUAUAAUAUUUUUGUUUAUCUGUCAAGUCUUGAAGUGCGAUUUAUGUGGAGAGUUGACUGUACUCCUUACCCUUCCUCUCCUUGGACAGAACUUUCGAACUGUAACUCAUCACAUGUUCCAUAAUGUAAAUUGUGUUAUGAAUCAUGGUAUAUUUAUUUUUUAAGUGUCUGGUUGGCCUUGGCUUAUAUUGUGUAUUUAAAGUGAUUUUUAUUUACCAGAUUAGUGAAAAGAAAUAAGUGUAUGUUUUAAGCGUUUCGUAAGUACAUAUUUUAAUGACAUCUUUUUUACCGGCCGUUAAGAUCACGGACAAUAUGUGUCGAUACCUUAUGAGUCGGCUCAGAGUAGCAGAGUACUGAUUGACUGGAGGCUAUGAGAGUGCGUGGCACGGGAAUGUGCAUUUCUGUGCGAGCCAAGAAGGAUAAAAACGGUCUUGUUGGGAAAGCAUUACACGCUUAGUAUUUAUCUAAGGUAGGCAUAAGUGAAGUUGCACUGUUCGUCUUCGACCAAAGUCAUGCCGAGUGGUAAAAAACCAUAUUGUCAGCUUUGGUCGGUGACGGUUCGUAAUCAAAACUAGUAUUUAACCUAUUACUAUAGUACCGGACCCCGGACGUCACGUUGUCAGUUUUACUGUAAUCAUCUACGUGUGCCACCGGAAGUACCCCUUUUCCUUCAAAUACCAUUGUGACCAGGAAAGCUCCAUAAUGGUGUGGUACGAAGCUAAUAAAUUGAAAACAGUGGCAUAAACAACCCUAGACCUGUUCUGAAGUGUUUAUUAUUUGAAAUGUGCGAAACUAGUUUUCGACAGUGUCGGUUUUACCGCCAUAUUAGGAAAUUCUUUAUAAUCGCGCUAUUAUAUAUGGUUAUAAAGCAAAUUAGUGUACAUUCAUGUAUAAUACGAAUGAUUUUUACUGAUGUUAAAUAUUUCUAUUCUCUUCCUGUUGCGUUCUAUACUUAUAGGUAUGCCUUUUCUUCGUCUGUGUGUAUCGGCCUAAUUGUCUUGUCUGUGACUUUCUCCUUUACGUUAACUUUCUUUGAGUUGACUUAAUGUCGUAUAGCUCAUAUCAGUGAUACACGACAUUAAUUUUGAAUAGGGCUGUGGGUAUAAAUGUUGAUCAUCCUCAUGCAUAAAUUCAAAUAUUGAGUCGUCUAUAUAAAACUAAAAUUGUGUGAAUCGUGCCUCGUCGUAUUCUUUGAACAUAGCAUCGUUCACACAAUUCUAAUCGUAUCUGUGUAACAUAGAGUAGAAAUGAAUAAAACCGAUGUUGACAGUAAAAA